GCCUAUUUUUCAUCUUUAGUGGCAACUCCAAGGAGCGAUUUCAUUUCAUUCUUUCGUAUUAUUCAUCAUUGUCUCCCAAAAAAAAUUCCGGAAAUUCCUUCGUAGAUUCCGUCAUUAUUUUAUCAAACUUAUUGUAGUAUAUUUCAUAACCAUUCAUAAAUUUAUGAGUAGCAUAAAAGUUUAAUUUGUGUGUGUGUGGUACCGGUAUAUUGAGGCAUAUACUUUGAAUAGCCUCAGCACAACAAAGCAAAUCGAACUUCAGAGUUUAAUCGAUGGCUGGUCAACGCCGCAAUGAAAACCUCAGUGAAGCAAUGCAACGUUUACAAAUGGGGGAGGAUACAAGUGGGCUUAAUUCACCCAAAUACCCUGCAGUUGCGAAUUAUAUGCGACAGCAUGUCGGUAAUACUCCUACACAACAACAAUCUGCAGAGGAGUAUAAGUUAUACGAGCGUACAAAUAUAAUUGCUUCUUCUAAGUAUGCCACACCCCGUCCAAUUGAACAGUUGGCAGCUGAUUCUAAUAUAAACAAUGUUCCACUUUGCCUACCGGCGUCUAAUGGUAUGGGCACGACAGUUGGCAAUAGCCCACUAUAUGCUGGACGCAAUGUUAUGUAUGAGAAAAAGUUAUCAACAAAGCAAUCUCCAGUAUAUGAAAAUCUCGAAUUUUGCGGUGGUGCUGUUGGUGUACCAACAGAUCCGUACUUUGAAUCAACACUUAAACGCGCACAACCGCAAAGUCCCACUGCAAAUCCAUCGCGCGGUCAAUAUAUGAUAAUGCAUGCCAGCACGAGCAGUGGGCGCUUUGCACAUACGCCAAUACCGGAUCAUCAUGCGGACACGGCGCCUAUCUAUGAAAAUAUUAUACCACAUUCCGGACAACGUGCGCAGCCGCAAGCCUCACCGGCAACUGCAACAAUUUAUCAACAUGCCGAGAUAUCACCACAAUUGAUGGGUGCUGGUAAUGGUGCCGUUACGCCACUAGCACCACAUCAUAUACGCGAGAAUUCGGGACUGGAUAUGUCGGCUGUCUUGGCAUCACCAAUGCAUCGGCGUAGCACAUCGAAUUCGUCAUUGAAAACGGCGGCAUCUAAUAGUACUGCUGCUGCUACUGGUGGUGGCAGCGGUUUAUCAUCCCCCACACAACGUUAUCGCAAUCUUUCCUUGCCCAGUCACUCGAACAGUAUACAAACAUCGCCGGCAAAAUCUUUGGCAUCUAGUACAGCUAGCAGCAACGAUUACAAGCUGCUGCAGCACACACCAAUUAAAAAUGCGCAUCACAUUCCCACACAUCAUCCCAUCAUCAACGUAUCCGUUAAUCCGAAUUACAUUGAAGAGAUCAACAGUUCCGAUUAUGUUUGCAUGACAGCCAACUUGCAUCGCCAACCAGCUAGAAGUCCAACAGGCGGCGCACAAUCACUGCGUUCCAAUACAACAGCGCUCGCUUCAAGCAGUAGUGGUUACCGUAAGCUGUGCAAUGAGUCGCCCGUUUAUGUGGGCAGCAGUAGCGCCGGUAGUGAGCUCGACAAGCAGGCUGCACGCAAAAUUUCGCCAAUGAGCGAACGCAAGUUCACACAAUCACCACUUGCUAUACCACAGCGUCCUAUGUCAACGGGUGGUGGUGUAGCAUCAUCCAUAUCACCAACACCAUCGCAAAACAGCACCGGGCUCUCAAAGAAUCUGCUACCGUAUAGCGUAACACCACCACGUCCCACCGGCCCCACCGAAGCGCAGCGCAAAAUUGACGAACUCACACGCCAAUUGGAGGAGGAAAUUGAGCAAAGCGAAGAGCAAGGGGAGUACUUUGGCAUUUGCCACACGUGCGGUGAUAAGGUGAAAGGUGCUGGGCAGGCCUGUCAGGCUAUGGGCAAUUUGUAUCACACGAAUUGCUUUAUUUGUUGCUCUUGCGGACGCGCGUUGCGCGGCAAAGCGUUUUACAAUGUGCAUGGACGUGUGUACUGUGAGGAGGACUACAUGUAUUCAGGUUUCCAGCAAACGGCAGAAAAGUGUGCAAUAUGCGGACAUUUAAUAAUGGAGAUGAUUCUACAAGCGAUGGGCAAGUCUUAUCAUCCCGGCUGCUUUCGUUGCUGCAUCUGCAACGAAUGCUUGGAUGGUGUACCCUUUACUGUGGAUGUGGAUCAUAAGAUUUACUGUGUAAACGACUAUCAUCGCAUGUUUGCGCCCAAGUGCGCUAGUUGUGGCAAAGGCAUAACACCCGUAGAGGGUACUGACGAAACAGUGCGUGUCGUCUCUAUGGAUAAGGACUUUCACGUCGAUUGUUAUAUCUGUGAAGAGUGUGGCAUGCAGUUAACCGAUGAGCCGGACAAGCGCUGUUAUCCCUUAGAUGGACGUCUAUUGUGUCGUUCAUGUCAUUUGCAAUGUUUGGCCAUGCAACAGUCUUCGCCACACGUACGACAUCAGGAGCCAGUGUGCGCAUCAUAUCAAUACAUGGGUUAAUGGGCGUUGUGAGAAUUGUGUGCACACAACUUACACA